AUGUACAAAAGGGUUUUCGUAAACCAACCAUCAUCUACCUACAUUCAACUACUUAAUAAUCUUCUUUGCUUGUUAGUGGCCAUCACAAGGAGGUCCAGGGUUCACGGUGUCAUGAUUACUCAGGUCGUCCAGCAAGUUCCGGCAGGAAAAUCGACACCCGACUUCACCCGAAAGCCGACAGCCAUGACUGUCCAUGAAGGGAGAAGAGCUUAUUUCAAAGCAAUCAUCAGUGGUGAGCCGACACCGAGUGUCACGUGGGGGCGAAACAAGGGGGACGUCAAUGACGCAGAGAAGUACAAGAUUAGAUAUGAUGAAAAAACCAAAGAACACAUCCUGGAGAUACCAAAAGCAACAGCAGACCUUGCCGACACGUACAAAUGCUUUGCCGCAAAUGAAUAUGGAACGGCUGUUUGCUCCACCACCCUCAAUAUUAUUAAAGGUGGCUUUGGGUUGGUACUUGCUACAAAGGAGCAAGCGCCACAGGAUUUCAGAGCGAUGCUCAAGAAAACCGUUGUCGUCACCAGGAAAAAACAACUGCCGCCAAAGAAAGAGGGAGAGCUUGAUCCUAAACUCUGGGAACUGCUCCUCAGUGCACCAAAGAAAGACUAUCAAACAAUAUGCUUGGACUUUGGGGUUACAGACUUUCGCUGGCUGCUGAAAAGACUGAAUCAGAUGAAAAAGGAAAGGGCAGAUGAACAGGCAAAGGUUGUUGAAAAUCUCAGAAAUGUGAAACAAAUUGAAGUGAAACCGAAUGGAAAGGCAGAAUUCAGCCUCGACAUGGCCUUACUGGAUCCGAACAGCCCUAUUUAUCUGUACAAGGACGGUACCAUAGUUCCAUAUGGUAACAACGGGAACUCAAAGCAUAGCCUGCAGAAAAGUGGAAACAAGUAUUGUUUCACCAUCAAAGAUCCCCAGCCAGAAGAUGCCGGUUUGUAUCAGGUUGAUGUUGGAGAGACAAACGUUCUUACUACUGACUUCCAAGUUCCUGCAGUGGAGUUUGUAGACAAGAUGAAUAACGUGAAGGCCUCGGAAAACAAAGACGUCACUUUUCAUUGUGUCCUGUCGACACCCCUCAACAAAAUAACGUGGUCGACGCCAGACUCGUCGCUGGAACAUGGCGACAAAUACGAGAUGAGCGUCUCACAAGACAGACUGAUCCAUACACUAACAAUUAAACACUGUGACGAGGCUGACAAUGGAACAUAUUAUGCUAUUGCUGGCACUGCAUCAUGCAGUGCAUCUCUCGUGGUGGAAGAUCAAGGUGUUCAGUUUGUCAAUGGGCUGUCAGAUACCACCACUAUUACUGGUGGAUGGGCAGAGCUAUAUUGUAAAUUAAGCGCUGAGAACUCCGAGGGAAGGUGGUACAAAAAUGGAAAACUGCUCACCAAUGAGAAUGGGGUCAGGAUUAUUAAAGAUGGAGCCUCUCACAAAUUGAUAAUUGACUGCUGUAAAAAAGAUGACGUAGGUGUGUAUCGGUUUGAGUCAGAUGGACGUAAAUCGGAAGCUGCACUGAAUAUUCAAGAUCCACCAAUGAUUGACACCAGUGCACUUGGGAAAUUCAUAAAGCCAGUGAUUGUAAAAGCAGGCGAAACUGCUGAAUGGAAGCUUCAAUUCUCGGGUGGACAACCAAUGAACGUUCAGUGGAAAAAGGACAACGAUGAGCUUUUGCCUGCCCUAAAUGUGAAGAUUGAAAAAUCAGCCACUGAGAGCAAACUACGCCUUGCAAAAUGCCAAAGGAAAGACAGUGGCGAGGUUCAAAUAAAAAUAAAGAAUGAAUUUGGUACAAGAGGAGCAAUUUCUCAACUUAUAGUUCUGGGUUAUCCGGGAGCCCCUUUGGCACCAAACGUGGUCUGUGUUUGUAAAGAGUGCAUUGGUCUGGCGUGGUGUGCUCCAUGCAACACUGGAGGGACCAAAAUAGUGGGCUAUAGCUUGGAAAAAAGGAAAAAAGGCACUAAUUACUGGAGCCUUGUAAACCAAGGAGGACCAAUAAAGGACUCCAAGUAUGAGGUGAAAGAUGUCUUUGAGGGGGCAGAAUAUGAAUUCAGGGUGUCAGCAAUCAACCUAUCCGGUCCCGGGGAUCCAAGCAUUCCAUGCGACACCGUAAUUGCAAGAGAUCCCAUGAAACCCCCCGGCAAAGUCACGGACCUCAGAGUGACAUUCAGCACCUACACAACCUUGUCGCUGGCUUGGACUAAACCCAAGGAAGUGAAAGGGUCGCAGGAUGAAGCCCAUGGAUAUUAUGUGGAGAUCAGACCCAUAGCGAGUCCGGAAUGGAACCGAUGCAAUGACAACCCGAUUACGCUCAGCACCUAUACCGUGCGUGGUCUAAAGGCCAUGGCUGCUUUCUGGGUGAGAGUAGUUGCUACCAAUUAUGGAGGUGAUGGAGAACCUCGAGGCUUUGACAAUCACAUCACUGCCAUACCCCCUCCUGUACACCCAAAGUUCAAAGAUCGCAACAUGAACAGCUUCGUGGUCGUGAGAUCGGGAAACACCAUUCGCCUCAACAUCCCCUUUGAGGCGUCACCCUUUCCGGAGGUCUCCUGGUUGAAAGACGGUACUUUAGUGCCCAAGCAUGUAAUAGUCACCAACUCUGAUAAAGCUUCUCAACUGUUGAUCCCUAAAUCUGAGCGCUCCGACUCUGGAGUCUACACCAUCAUGGUCAAGAAUCUCGUUGGCCAAGAGAGCUUCAUUGUUGAAAUUAGAGUAACAGAUGAUCCCAGGCCUCCAGGUCCUGUGGAGCUGGAUCAGAACAUUCCAGGAACAGUCACUUUGUCCUGGGCACCCUCUCCAGACGAGACGAAGGACGACAGGCUGCACUAUGUCAUAUCAAAGCGGGAUUCCUUCAAGCACACUUGGAGAACGGCGGCAGAAAAUCUCUUUAACAACAAGUUCACCGUUGUGGACCUUGUACCCGGGCGGCAAUAUCACUUCAGGGUUUUUGCUAAAAACGACAUAGGCCUUUCAGUGCCGUCUGUGUCGCCGGCAUUUGAAACCAAGAAGGAAAGAGAAAGGUUCUUGCUGAAAGUACCACCAACAAAAUCUGUGGACUUUUCGUCAGCGCCGUCAUUCAUCACCCCAUUGAGGCGCCACGUGCCUCCAGAAGGCUACGAGUGUCAGAUGAGCUGCGCGGUCAAGGGCGCCCCAGCGCCCCGCGUGGCCUGGUACCACGACAAUGUGGACCUGAGCGUCAACAGCAACUACUACAUCACCAAUGUGUGUGGCGUCUGCUCACUGCUUAUCCUGAGGGUGUGUGCCAAAGACGGCGGCGAAUACAAAGUUGUGGUCGAGAACCAUCUGGGAUCGGCCGAGUGCUCCAUGAUGCUAAAUGUCAGAGGUAAAUACCGGGUUCCAUAG